AUGUCCGAGCUUUUAAGGCAUCCAAGAGUCAUGGAAAAAUUGCAGAAUGAGGUGAGGGGGAUAGUGGGCAAGAAAACAGACAUAAUUAGAGAGGAUGAUUUGGUUGAGAUGAACUACUUGAAGGCGGUGAUCAAGGAGACUCUUCGCCUACAUCCUUCAGUUCCAUUGUUAUUGCCCAAGCUAUCGACCCAAGAUGCACAAAUAAAUGGGUACGACAUUAAAGCCAACACACAAGUUAUAGUGAAUGCAUGGCAAAUUGGAAGAGAUCCCAAGUCAUACAACAAGCCAGAGGAAUUCGAGCCAGAAAAGUUCUUGGACAGUGCCAUAGAUUAUAAAGGCAAUUACUUCCACUACAUUCCAUUUGGGGUUGGCAGAAGAGGUUGCCUAGGAAUUCAGUUUGCCAUGGUUGUCCAAGAGAUUGCUUUGACAAAUUUAGUGCACAAGUUCGACUGGGCGUUGCCCGAUGGCACAAGAGGGGAGGACUUAUACAUGACUGAAUCUAGUGGAACAAGCAUUCGCAGAGUAUUUCCGCUUAAAGUUGUUGCUAUUCCAUAUUCGGGCUAA